UUUUUUUUUUUUUUUUUUUAAACCUGCCUUCACUUGCCUUGGCCCUACUUUCUCUCCUUGGCCCCUUUCCAUCUUACACGUAUUUGGGCUUUGUUGUCUCGUUCGGUAUUCUCGAUAUUCUCGAUAUUCACGAAUUGCGAAACGAACUUCUCCAUCACAAGACUCGGCUUGCUGCUACUCUCCCUCUCUCUCAGAUGACUCGACAUCUCGGUUGAAUCCUCGCCCAAAGAGACUCAUAUCUAACACACCUCUCAAACCCUUAUGAACAAUCUUCUUCAACGAUCCUUACCACGCAUUCUUUCUCCUUCCUCCAUACCGCAGCAUCUUCAUUUCCCCCUCCACCAUCAAACCCUACUUACCUCAAUACAAGACAUCGACAACAAGAAACAUAAACCAUGACCCUCAGUACACAACCGCCUAGGCGGCUUCAAUACGGCGAGAAGGAGCUUGAGAAAGAGGUGGAUGGUUGGGAGGACUGGGAGGACGAAGAGGUCAUCACCCCCAUCAACGACGAUGAACAGAGCCCCAUCAUUGAGAAGGACGCACUUCCGAGCCCCCUCAGACCCAUAAAGUCGACGGCUGCGCGAGCGUCCCAAGGCAGAUACUCGGUACUGAAGAUAAGGAGGCUAAAGUCUCGGCACCGACAAAAGGCACAGAACGCGAAGGCCGGCAUCAGGUUGAUAACCGAUAUGUCCGCUCUCCGCCAGAACCAGCUCGUCCAGGAACUCACCAGUCCAGAACGCCCCAGAGGCAAAUUCGUCGACGCUGCCGCCCUCAGGGCCCUCGAGGGCGAGCCAUCAUCGGCCUCGGUUGGCAACUGGAACUGGCUCAAAAAGAGGACGACCAAGUCGCCGCAGAUUGGAAAUCCAUCACCAACUCUCACCCGCACCCGCCAAGGGUCGGACCUCUCCCCCGACGACCGGCCCAUCGUCAUUGGCAUAUCAUUGCCCUCCGAACUGGCUGGCCAGGGCAAUGCGAGUACCACAGCUGAUGCAGCCAUGCUGGCCACCCCGCUAGACUACUCAGCACACCCUGCAAGAUUGCCUCAUAUGAACCGGGCGUAUGAUCCAGACCGCCACGUCACCCCUCUGACUCCCUCGCAGCUGAAAUCGGUGUGGAGCCCUGACACACCCGACACCACAUCACCCUUCCAGUCACCCCGCCCGGCCUCCAGCAUCUACUCACAGGCGACGGGUUUCGGCGCUACCGCCGACCGCGACGCGCCGCCUGUCCCCACCGUACCGUCCGCAUACCAGAACCGGGAAGCUGAAGAACGUCUGGUGAGCAUUAUCGAGCCGAAAAGCGAUGACGCGAGCGACGACGGAGGGAGUCCCUGUACCCUUUUCGAAGAGGACGCCGCCCUCACCAAGUCUCCCCACAGCAUCAGAGCGAAGGAAACAUCUCGGAGCCCCGGUAGCGCCGAGACGCAAACCCGUGGCUGGUGGGACCAUGUUGUCACUCCAUUCACCGAGAAGACGAGCCCACUCCGCGAAGCUCAAGAGUCGCACCCCAUAGACGCCCCAGUCCAGCUUGUGCAGGCAACCAGAGAUGAACCAUCAAAGCCGACAUUCAACAAAAUGGACGCAGAGGCAGACAAGGCUGCUGUGUUCAGACCCGGGCUUCCGGCAUCGCCGAAGCCAUCCCCCAGGGACGAUCACACCCCUAUAGUCAGGGUGCCCACCCCGAGGAGGACACCAUCUCCGUUCUUGGCCCAUCGUGCUCAUUCCCCGGCAUCUUCUUCUCGAUCAGCGACGCCCCGGCUGGGGACACCGCUGCUCGGUGGUGGCCACACCGAGAAAGCAAGAAUCGCAACAACGACAACGACAACGACAAUAACAACAACAAGAACAACGCAUAGCCCUCAAUUUCCCUCAGAGGAGCCCCCGCCAUAUUCUCCCCCAAACCAGCAGAAGCCGAUCGGAUAUCGUGCCGUGUUUCCUGCUGGACACCCGCUUCAAGCAUUAUAUCCGCCUUCCCCUGGGCCCGUCUCCCCCGCCAUCGUCGGAACGAUGAGCUCCCAGAGUGCGGUUACCAUGUCUGACAUCCCUUUGACCCCGGCACCUGGGACAUCGACACUUCCACAAAGGCUGCCGGGGACCUAUCUCCCGCAAGAGCAUUUUCUCGCUUCUGGCGCGCCGGAAUCCCGUAUCGAGCGCGAGCGCCGUCGCCAUGAAAAGGAAGAGGUCGUCGCCAGGAAAGCCGGCGGCUUCUGGAGGGGCCGCGGCUGCGUCCCUGCCAGUGGCUGCUUUGGGCGGUCCGGCCGAGAGGGACGCAAGAGGAGGCGAGUAUGGCUUGGCGUGUGCGGAGCCAUUCUCGCCAUCGUUCUCGUCAUCGUGCUCUGCGUGGUCCUCAUCCCCCGAGGUGGCGGCGACGCCCCCGAAGUCCAGAGCAUCUUUGUCAACCUCACUAAUUUCCCGCCAAUGCCGACAGGCGUCAUGACCGUCGUCGGCCCGGAUAACUCGGCUGCCGUCACCGGGUGCACACAGCCCACGACCGUAUGGAGCUGCUCGCUGCCGAAAGAGGAUCACGAAUCGGCCGCUCCGUUCCGACCGAAUCAGCCCGAGUUUAUCAUGCAAAUUCAGUGGGACAACGGCACACGAGAAGCAUGGAACAUUCCGAACGGGGAACCCCCACGUCCCGGUAGCGAGAGCGAAGAUCGGAGGCGGAAGGGAAGGCGGAGCGGCGGGUUCACCACCCGAGCGCGGGAUGCCAUUCGGACGCGUCAGGACCGCGGAGGUUUCAGUCCCAUUCCGCAGCCGCCUUCUUUCGAGGAGAUGUUCUUCCUCGGAAAAGAGACCGACGGUAUCGUUUCUGAUGACAAGGCGGGGGAGCCGACCCCUUUCUACCUCAGCAUCCUGACGCACCCCAACAAUACGGUUGGGCCCAACGCCAUCAGCAAACGGCAGGACGAUGGCGAUGGCGAUGGCGAUGGCGAUGGCGAUGACGAUGACGAUGACGACUCGGGAUCCGGAUCUGGGUCCGGGUUCAUCGUGGAUCUGCCCGAGCCCGACCUCAACCAAGACGGCACGGCAGCUGCCGCCAAGUUCAUGCCCCAGGCAUUCCAGCAGCCCGUCCGCCUAUACGACCGCGGCCUACCCACGGAACAUUACGGGUUCUACACCUACUUCAAGCGCUCCCUCUACCUCAAAUCCGUGAGCGUGCUCAACGGCUCGGAGCCCAGCCGCGGCGGCAACGGAGAGAGCAACGUCCCGCUCGACGAGAACGGCGGGGUGAGCCGCUCCGAGGCCAACUUCAUCGUCACCUGGACGCAGGUGCGGUUCCUCGUGCAGAUCUGGACGCGCAGGGAGAACGGGACCCGGCUUCUCUCCGACGGGGCCAGGUUCGGGCCCCCAAACGGGGCGGCGACCGACAGGCCGGGCACCAUGCCCUACCCGGUCAGCAUCACCAUGGACACGCACGGCGGGCAGCCCGGGGAGAAGUUCGUGUGGCAUUGGCCCGUCGAUGCGCGGCAGAGGAUUGAUACGGCCAGGCCGCAGCUGAUCGCCAACAAUAUUGGCUUUGGCGGGACGGUGGUGAACCCGCGGCGGGAGAACGAUGCGUCGUUUGGGGGGUUCGACGGGGGCAAUGGCGGCUGCAAGUGCCAGUGGGUUAACUUUCUCGAGAGGAGAGGUGGUUCUCAGGAGGAUUGAUGGUGAAAGGGCGCGAACCUUUCAACUGUUGAGACCUUGAUUCUCAUAUUUCUUUUGCAUUGACUGGCUGGCAUUCGGAAAAUAGCAUUGGAAAAGGUAGAUGGGGGCAUCGUGAUAUGAUAUAGCGUUUCGAAGCUCGGAUACAGGCACUUGUCGAGAAUGAUCGGCAUAAUAUUAAAUGAUAAACAUCGG